GGGGGGGGUGGGGUAGUGGGACAGGUGUGUAGCACAGACCUGGCUAGCUGCGUCCCUGUUUUCUGUCGACCGAGUUUGGUGACAAGGAAGGGGCAAUGGAAGAAGAGUGAACGGGCCGCCGCAGCCCAGCGUUGGACUCGGGCACACUCCUCCUGCCACCUGACAAGAGUCGGUGGACGGAUACGGUGGGACAGGAAAUGGCAGCUUCAAGCAGCAUGGAGGCACGGUGGCGCGCAAACAAGUUGUGCAUGUCUGGGAUGACUCUGCAUUGGUUUGUCACGGCUUUGUGGGGCGGGCGAGCUGAUCUUGUCAAGGCGCUGGUGACCAGCGGGCGAGUUGCGGUCGACGGCGAGGUUGUGACCGACCCGGAAGCGCGGCUGGUGUAUGGGAUCGAAGACUGGCCAGAGAAGCGGACCGUGACAAUCAAGUUCCCGAGCUGCGAGCCGCAGGAUGUUCCAUGCCCCUUUUCGGCGAGCGAUCGAGCUGCGUUCGUCUGCCCGACGCGGCCAUAUGUUUCGGUCGGUACCCGUGAUGACGACUUUCUGGCCGAGGUUCUCACUACCGCGCACCACCCGUACGUACUAGCGGUCGAGGCUGCAUUGCGCGAGCUAGGCGCCGCGUGGAUUGCAGGCACGGGGGCGAGAUCGUUGUUCCGGAUGUUUACUCCCAAGUCGUCGUUUCACCGCAAGAUUGUGCACUGCCUGGCGUCGCGAUUUGGGAUGACUUCCACGACGCUUGAAGACCAAGCAGAUGACAAUGAUGAGCAGGGGUACUGGUGCCUCGACUUUUGCUAUUGCUGCUACGGCAACGCCACCCACGACUUUGAGUGGGAGGGUUGGCAUGUGACGCGAAGCGUGAUCCCGGUCAAGGUCACGGUCGCGAGCUACUCGGACGAUCCGCCCUCGGUCUCUGGGCUCUUGCUCCGGCGUGGAGGUGGGGUCAGGCCGAGCAGGCCGAGGAGUCCGAGCAGCGGUGAGGUCUCGGACGGUGGAUCAAGCGCGCUCUCGCUGCUGGACAUGCCCGACGAGCUGCUGCUUGCGAUCUUGGGCUGGCUCGAUGUUCCGGACUUGCUGCGGGCUAGCGGAGCGUGUCGUGUCUUGCGACGCAUUGCAGCCGACAACACACUGUGGUUCGAUCUGUUCAAGUUUUAUGUUGCACGCGAUGUCGACUCUGCCGACGUGCUUCUCGCUGCCUGCAAAGCCUUCCAUACCCAGCGCUCGCAUACCUGGCGUGGGCUGUACAUCGAGGCCAAGAUGAGCGGUAGCGUGGCCCGCCUUCCGGGCUCGGGCGUGGCCAGGGUGACGAGCCGCAGCGAACGUGUGUGGGCGGCUGCGUCUUCGAAGAAGCGUCGAGCAGCGAUGGAGGCUGCUGCUGCGCGGGGCGUCUAUCGUCGGUAUGGUGUUGCGUCUGGGAUUCAUGAGGAACGCGAGGCUGAUGAGCACGGAGAUGCAGGGUGAGCGAGCUUGCAUGAAGCAGGAAGCCGCAUCCGGUGACUCACCGUAGCAGUCGCUGCCACAUUAGCGACGCUGAGCGCCUUUCAAAGUUUGCCGUCAGUGCCGGCGAGCCUCGGAGGGCAGUUCGCCGAACUGUCGCCCAUGCGGCAUGUGAUCGCUGCACGACUUUCGGAUGGUCGUGUGGCGAUGAUUGUCAUCGCCCAAGCUAGGACUUGCACGUAAAGCUAUACAGGAGA